UAAAUAUGGAGUUUAUGUCGGCAGAGGAAGAAAACUAUGUUCGAAUGAAUAUGUUAUUACUUGGAAUUGCUCGACGUGCAGUAAGAACUUUCUUUGAUCGUGAAUUUGAUCCAGCAUGUUUAGAUGCCUCACUGAAGAAAGAAUAUAACAAAUUGCAUGACUUGAAGAAGAAACACAGAAUCACCCAAUCAAAGUGGAACCUCCUCUUUCCAAGAUUUCCUGAUGUUCCAGAUUCUAGAACAUUCGAUGUGAAUUUGAUGAUACUUUUACUAAGGCACUUGAAUGUAAUCACCCCUCCUCUUAGUGGAUUUGACAGUCUUCCUUCAGCAAAAGACGUGACUCCAGCUGCAGAUUUGGCAAGGAUUAAACACUACAGAAAUCAACAGUCUCAUCUAGAUGAUGACAAAAGAGACACAGGGUUCUUCAAUACUGCUUGGAAUGAUAUAACUAAUGCUGUUGAUAGAUUAGGUGGGCAACAGAUGAAACAGGAGUGUGAUCUUCUGAAAACCAAACCUUUUGAUCAAAUCAACCAAGAAAUAAUGAUAGACAUUAAACAUUCCAAUAAUGAAAACUGGGAACUAAAAGAAUCAUUUGAAAGUUUUAAAAAAUCUCAUGCUGAAGUAGAAAAAACGUUGAGGGAUAGGCAUAGUCUUUUGGAAAGGAUUAGCAGUCCAACUGAAUUCAAGGCGCUGCUAUCAAAGGGAACAUAUGCCUCAUAUGAAAACCGAGUUUAUUUAGCAGGAUCAGUUAAAACAGGCAAGAGCACUUUAGCCAGUGUAUUGAUAGGUGAACAAAUUCCUACAGAUUGGAAGUCCACGGAUGGCCUUAUUAUACAUUUUGGAAAAAAUGGGAUUGACAUAAAGGAAAGGAAAAUGAUUCCAUUAAAGAAAGGUGGUGAAGGUCAUGAUGUUUUUGCUAAACUUCUUCUUGGAAAUGUGGAGCUAAAAUAUUCAGGUACACAAACUGAGUUACCUGGUCAAAAAUCAGGUAACACUGAAACAGAAGAAAUGGAUAUAGAGGAGACAUCAGUUGUGGGAACAGCAAAUUUGGAAUUGUCAAUAAAGGAAGAUAUGCGGGAAGAAAUAUUACAAGGAAAUUACAAGAUGAAAAUUGCUCCAUCAGACCUUGUUGAUUUUGGAGGUCAAAAGUCAUAUGAUAUGACCCAUCAGUUAUUUAUUCAAUGCAAAGGAACCUUUGUGUUGAUGUUUGAUGGCAGAUAUGGUUUAUACGAUGCUCUCGAGGAAUACAAACCUCACGAGAUAACAACAAUUUCAAUUCUGGUCCAUUGGAUUGACUCUAUUUUGACCUACUGUGUAGACGAAUCAAUCGAAGAACAUAAACUACCAAAAAUUGUGUUUGCAGCAACUCAUGGUGAUUUCUACACUCAAGACGAGCUCAAUAAGAGAAAAGCAAUGUUUAUUGAUGAAUUGACAAAGACGUUUUCUUCAAAUGAUCUUCAUGAGCAUAUAAUCUACCAAACCGUCUUUUUCUUUGAUGCAAGAAACGAACAUGACUCUGAAUUACAAAAGCUAACCAAGCAUUUGGUGGACAUAGCAUUUGCCCAACCAUCCUGGGGUCAGCAAAUGCCAGUAGCAUGGGUUCCUUUGGAGUUGCAGAUAUCAAAAAUGAAAACAGCUAGGAUGAACUUUGUUAGAAAAUCAGAACUACAGAAAAUCAAUACACAGAAUGGUGAUUUGGCUCUUUCUAAUUCUCAGUUUGAUCAUUUUCUCAAAGUUCAACAUUCCCUUGGAAAACUGAUGUAUUUCGGUGAUCAUGGUAUUGAUAACUUCAUAGUUAUUCAGCCAUCAGCAUUUGUUAAUGUAUUGAGAUCCUUUGUAACUGAUGAAAUGUUUUGGCCGAAAGACGAAGAAGUUAUUAAUAUCUUGCCAAUCUUGAGUAAGACAGGGGUGCUUCAAAGAAAUGGUCUAUACAAGUUAUGGGAGCAAAAGCAUUUCGAACAACUUGUACCAACUGAUGACCUAAAAAAGUAUAUCAUUGAUGUUUUAAUUCAUCUUGACAUACUUGUUGAACCAAAACGUUACAGAGGAGCAGAAAAAUCAGCUGAAUUCUUUUUAGUCCCAUGCAUGAUUAAAGAAAAAGCCCCAACCGCCUUUCUCAAUUUGGAGGAAAUGGCAGACAAAAUGAUAUGUAUGUCAUAUCGCCUUAAAAGGUCUUCAGUACCAGCUGCCCUUAUAUUCAAGCUUAUAGGUUCAGCAUUGAAUGUACUGCCAAUAAAAGAGACCGAUGGACGUCCAUGUCUAUACUACCAAGCAGCUACGUUUUCGAUUGAUGAUAACAACGAGUGUAGAAUACACAUGAAAGGCAGUAGAAUAGUGGUAAAUCUUUUAAAUAAGGUUUCAAGAUUAGAAAUAUCACCAGACAUAGCAGCAAGUAUCCAAGAAUGUCUGACAUUGACCCUAACAAAUGUUCUGCACUUCUACUAUGCAUGUAUGGGAAAUGAUAUUAAAAAAGUUGACAUUUCGAAAUUUUUUGAAUCUGAAGUUGGUGUCCUUUGUGGCAAGGAACUUUGCUUUAUACCUGUGGAUGAAGCAAUGAAAAGGAAAACAUGGACUUGUGAAAAAGAGAAAAUCCAUGAGACACAGCUGCACUGGAUAUUAGAUGAGAAUAUUGGACAAGAUGAAUGCCGACCUGGAUGUGACGGAAUAUCCGCUAAAGAUUUAUGUCGAAGUCCAAAUGAUAAGCAUCUGGUGGGACUAGCUUCAGAAUUAAAUAUAAAAAAUUUCCAUGAGUUCAUCCUGCAUCUUGGACUGAAGACCAAAGACUGGGAUCAAAUUGGGUACAACUGGGGUCGGGCAGAGGAUGCUAAGGUUGUGGCUUUAUUGCAAUGGAAGGAAAGAAAUGAGAUUGUGACAUUUGAGAAAUUGUUAGAUGCCCAAGCGUGCAUUGGUGACAAUCAGCAUCAUUUGUGCAAGGUAUUCAAGGGACAGACAGGAUUACUUGAAAAUACUAGCUUCAAGUAUCUAGAUACUCCUGAAGACAUAUUUCUCUCUACAUUAUCAAGGAAGUUAGGGAAUUGUGUGAUUCAGCUAGGCAUUGAACUUGGUUUAACAUUUUCUGACAUAGAGGCUGUUUUUGUUAGACAUCCAAAUGAUUUGUUCUCGCAGAUGUAUGAGGUCCUGAAGAUAUGGAAACAGAAGACCCAAGAGAAUACAUAUCACAAUUUGAUGAUUGCAAUUCAGCGUGUUAAAGGAAAACAAUUUAUCAAACGAAAUUUCUGUUGUAAUAUGUGAAAAUUGUUGCAUCACUGUAUAGCUUAAUUAGCUAGUGUAAAAUGACUUUGCCAACAGAAAGCUUUGUAUAGUGAAAAAAAUAAUUAAGUAUUUACAAACACAAAAAUGUCAAAUAGAUUUUAAAAGAAAAUAAGUCACUUUUCAAAACAUUAUAGAACCUGUUAUGAUAAAUUUUAUUUAUCUAUUCAAUGAUCAUGUAUAACAACUGUAUGACAAAACUAAACAACAUAAAAAAAUAUAACACAUAGCUAUUCUGCAGUUUGUUUACAUGAUGUCAUGUAAUACAAUGGCGGAUCAAGGGGGAGAGGGGUUCUGGGGGUUGGAAUCCCCUUCUUUUGGCCGAUCAAUGCAUUUGACAUGGGAUAUAUAGCUGGAAACUUCCCCCUAAUCCUGAGUUGGGACACACCCCUUUUCAAAUGGCUGGAUCUGCCCCUGUAAUAAUAUAUUAUUAUUUAUGUAUUUCUCUGUGUUCAGUGGUCUCUCAUUAGUUUUUACUGUGUACCUGUGAAAUAGUUAAAUGUAUUUCGUUUAAAAAUUGCCAGAUGAGCAGGAUGUUUGGCUAGCAAAAAAACAAGGUUCAGUAAACUAUUUUUGUCUCGCUUGUCUGAGUCAAAAAGCGAGACAUAGGUAUAUGGCUUCAAAAAUUUUAAAGUUUGUGAUAAGGUCUCCUUUGCGAUGAACUACCAGUGGUAUGUCAAACAUAUUGGUAUGCUUCAUGGAGAUUAUUUGGCCCUGCCCCCUUAGUUAUGGUCUAUUGACUUUGAAAUUUUGCUUAUUUUGUAUGUAUUAGUUUAUGAUAAUGUCAGUUUAUGGAGAACCACUUGUAGUAAGUUAAUGAUAAUGGGUAUGCAGUUGUAUAAGCAUGGACAUGCCUUAUUUUGAUGGAGAUAAUUUGACCAACCCCAUCAGUCAUGGUCUUUUGACUUUGAAAAUUUUGCUUAGUUUUCACGUAUUAAAUUGUGAUUAGUUUGAUUUAUGGGGAAUCACUGGUGGUAGAUCAGUUAUAUUUGGUAUGCAGUUGUGUUAGCAUUGAUACAUCUUAUUUCCAUACAGAUUAUUUGACCCAACCUUCAGUUAUUGUUUUUAUUUACUUUCAAAUUUUGCUUUGUUUACAUGUAUUAGUUUGUAUUAAGUUUGUUUGAAGAAAACUACUUAUGAUGAGUCAAUGGUAUUUGAUAUGUAGUUGUAUAAGCAUUGGAAAAUAUCAUUUCCAUGUAGAUUAAUAAGCCAUGUUUUUUCAGUCUUAAUUCAUUCAAUUUGAAUAUUUGCAAAACUUACAUGUUAAAGUGUUGCUAUUUUAAUUUCAGCAUUUGCAUUACUAGAAUUUUAAAAAAGCAACACAUAGCUCUGUGAUAACAGUUUAUUUACUUAAAGUCUUGCAGCAAGUCAGGAAUAUGGCAGUAGUUAUCAAAAAGUCUGUUUCUAUGUAUCUUGGCGUUCGCUUUUGUUGCAGUUAAGUGUUUCUGUUGUUUUCCUUUUAUAGUUGAUGUGUUUUAUGUACUACAGUAUUGUGAAAUGGACCAAGGUAUAAAUACUUAAAAUAAAUAUUUGAUAUCUUAGUUUCAGAAACUGAUUCGUUCAAGAAACAUACAAUUCUUACAAGACAUCUUUUUUUAUGCCCUAUUUAUGUUCAUUAUGUUUUCUAGUCUGUUCGUCCGGUCGUCCGUCUAUCCUGUUUUAGGUUAAAGUUUUUGGUCGAGGUAGUUUUUGGUGAAGUUGAAGUCCGAUCAAUUAGAAACUUAGUAAACUUGGAAUUUUAUCCCAGGUUCAUGGCCUACUGAACAUAUGAAAUGUCGUAGUGCUGAUGGGGCAUCCGUAAAAUUAGGACACAUCCUUGUUAUUGGUGUAUGUUACAAACGUUUAUUUGCUAUCAUUUCUUAUUAAUACAUAAAUAUAGCCAACCGUAGAUUACCAAUGUUACAUGUCACAACCAUUGUAUCUUAAAUCUAUUAUGUAAUUGGAUAUAUUGCCUUCAACUGAAUAAAUAUUUUUAUCAUU